UGGUGGACAAAGUUCGUCGACUGCUAAAACUUUCCAUAAUUGUAUUGUCAAUCCCACCGAUUCGGAACGUGAUGAUAUCUCAUAAUUAUUACACCAUCAAGCCUUUAAAGUUAGGAGUUGAAUGUCGUGGUCUAGAUCUUUCAAAAGAUGUUCCUGAUGAAGUUAUUGAGCAGCUGAAGAAAGAUGUGCAUACUUUCAGGUUGAUGGUAUUUAGAGACCAAGGAAUAUUAUCUGGGAGUCGGCAUGUUGAAAUAGGUAGAUGGUUUGGUGAGCCAGAGUCAACCUUUUACAAGCACCCCAAGUCUCCACAUCCAGAUGUAUUCCGUGUGUCAAACGAUGAGGCCGAGGGCUGCACAGGAGUCGGUCGGACUGGAUGGCACAUUGAUGGCAGCUUCCAGCCAGCCCCUUUUGCCUAUUCUUUGUAUCAUAUGGUUGCAAUUCCAAAGACCGGAGACACAGUGUUUGCACCAAUGAACGAGAUAAUUGAAGGAUUACCACCAGAGAAACGUGAUCAUUGGGAACGUCUCUCGAUGAUGAGUGAUCGGAGACAGAAUAGCGUUCACCCUCUUAUCUACUCCCAUCCAGUAACAAGAAAAAGGACCCUGUGCUUCCAUAUUGGCAUGAUUGAUGGCUUUGUUUACGAUUAUGGCAAGGAUGGUGAAAGAUACACAAGUCGAAAAGAGACCAUACAGAUUUUGAAGGAGCUUCACCAUGAAUUUGUCAAGGAUAAUGGAGCCAUUCAGUAUUCACAUAAGUGGAAACCCGGUGACUUUAUCUUCUCGGAUAACCUCGCAGUGGCACACGAAGCCAGUCCGCACUCACAACUACCACGCGAGGAAGCUGGAUUGAGGGUACUUCAUAGAGUGACAAUAAAGGGCACAAGAGCUCCCAAGAAAGACUACGAUUGGCCUCCAAGAGAAAAGGAAGAAUUGUAGACCAUAGACAACGACAAUUAAAAGCUUUGUGUGAAAAUGGCUAUGGUGCUAGCAAUGAGAAAGUGUACCAGUACACUGUAGAGUUGUGAUGGGUGAAAGUACGAGGGUAGACUUUCACAUAAAUAGAUGCCAUAUAAUCAUUGUGAUAGUCGUGUCCCAGACCUGACAUAUGCUUCAAAGAACUUGACCGCAAAAUGAACAAGAACAAGUGGGGGCUUAGAUUUGGGAUGUGGGCUGAACAAAAUUACAUUGACAAUUUUGUGCCAGCUUCCUCAUAUAUGCACGUAGGUGUUCUUCUGUCUUUUAGACAGAUUCUUCAAAGUUUGAUCGUCAUCAGUUCGAUUAUCUGAUUGUUGUCUUCAAUAAAAACUAACAAGUAAAUCUAACCACUUUUUUGUGCUUUUAUUUACAGGAAAUGCAUAGAAUGUA